AAUGAAAAAAUAAUUUCCUAUAUUGAGUGUAAGAAAAACAUACUUAAAAGUUAAAACAUCUCAAAAUUCACAAUUGGGAACCAAAAAAUUCCCACUCACAAAAAAAAAAAAUCUCCCCAUUUCUAUAUGCCACCGCCAUUUCAAAGCUUGGGUAAUCGUCACCCAUCUUUUCUCCUUCGCUGCUGUGCUCCCACGAAUCAUAAUCAUCACUCCAGUUCCCUCUCUGCUCAGAGAGGAAAUAACAUUAGGGUGACGAUGGAUCGCCUAACUGAUGCUGCUCAUCUCAUGAUUGUGUCAGAUCUUGAUCAUACAAUGGUUGAUCAUCAUGAUGCUGAGAACCUUUCUCUGCUGAGGUUUAAUGCUCUAUGGGAAGCUAAUUAUCGCAAUAACUCAUUGCUCGUGUUUUCAACUGGGAGGUCACCCACUCUUUAUAAAGAAUUGAGGAAAGAAAAGCCAAUGCUAACCCCAGAUAUCACCAUUUUGUCCGUGGGCACUGAAAUAACAUAUGGCAACUCAAUGGUGCCAGACAAUGGAUGGGAAGAAUAUUUGAAUCACAAAUGGGACCGAAGCAUAGUCACUGAGGAGACGAGCAUGUUUUCUGAAUUGAAACUCCAAUCAGAAACCGAACAACGUCCACACAAGGUUAGCUUUUAUGUUCAGAAGGAUAAGGCUCGAGAUAUCACAAAAGCUCUGUCCACCCGUUUAGCUGAGCGUGGGUUGGAUGUCAAGAUAAUUUAUAGUGGAGGGAUGGACUUGGAUAUUUUGCCACAAGGUGCUGGGAAAGGUCAGGCUAUGGCAUAUUUGCUCAAGAAAUUGAAAAGCAAGGAUAAACUGCCCAAAAACACUCUUGCCUGUGGUGAUUCUGGAAAUGAUGCUGAACUUUUUAGUAUUCCAGACGUGUAUGGUGUGAUGGUUGCCAAUGCCCAAGAGGAAUUGUUGCAAUGGCAUGCUGCAAAUGCCAAAGAUAAUCCAAGAAUAAUUCAUGCAACAGGGAGGUGUGCAGCAGGCAUCAUAGAAGCCAUUGGCCAUUUCAACCUGGGCCCAAACAAGUCUCCAAGAGAUGUCACGGGCCUGUUAUAUUCCGAGGGAACUGGCCCAGCUCAUAAAGUUGUGGAAUUGUAUUUGUUUUUUGAAAAAUGGAGGCGUGGGGAAAUUGACAACACAGAGGCCACUUUUGCACAGAUUAACGAUUUUUUUUGUCCAUCUGGAAUUUUAAUCCACCCAUCAGGCGUUGAGAAAACUCUCGAGGACUGUGUUAGCUCAUUAAAGGCGUGUUAUGGAGACAAAAAAGGAACACAUUUCCGUGUUUGGGUGGAUCAAGUCAUACCUACGCAGCUUUGUUCGGAUUCGUGGCUAGUGCGAUUCAAGAGGUGGGAGACCUCUGGUGAAGAACAACGGCACUGUUGCUUGACCACAAUUCUGCUAACCUCAAAGGAUGCACAAUGCUUGAAAUGCGGGUAUGUGCACCAGACAUUGCUGGAUGGUUUGGCAAAGGGCAGUUCAAGUUCAACAUCCUUCCUCUUCUUCUAAGGUUCCAACAUUAUCACUGUCAAAAAUAUGGCUUCCAUUUACAUUCUCUCCAUCUGAAUAAGAUAAGAUAAAAUCACUCUACACUGGGUUUUCUCUCAUCUAGAUAAUGAAUCGAGUCGAUUGAGUGUGUGUACAAAUAACAAAUGAAAUCCAAAACGCUUCUCCCUUUCUCACUGGGAGUUUUCGACAUCCUUAUUACCAAAAUGCUACGAAUGACAAUCACAGAUGAUUUGUACAUAUCGUUUGUAAACACAGAUUCUACGAAUGCGUAAAUCAUUUGUGAUUGUCAUCCGCGGGGCACUCGUGGUGGGUUAUUUUAGUAGUAUGAAACAUGCCUCAUUCUUUAGACUACUAUUCCCUCUGUCUUAGUAGAUUUGUCAAUCUUUACAAAAAAUGUAAGGGCCACUGAUGUCUUUUUGAAAUGCAGGGACCUACGGCAUUGUUUGGAUAAAGAGAGAAAAUGGAAGGAGAGAAAUUGGGUGGAAAGAAAUGGGAGAGAAGAUAAAAUGGAGAGAAAAGGAAAAGAAAAUGAAUGUUGUUUGGAUAGAUAGAAAAUGGAGAGAAAAGGUAAGUGGAAAGAAAAUAUGUUAAAAUAAAAAGAUAAUUUUACCCUUAUUAUAUAUUUAUGUUUUUAAAAAGUGAAUGCAAUAAAGGACAAAAGUGUCAUUCCAAUAGUUUUCUCUCCAUCUAAACAAUUUUCUCACCUAUUGAGAGGAGAAUUUGUGUUUGGGAAUUGUGUUUUCCCUCCCAACCUUUUCUUUCCUUCCAUUUUCACUCUAUCCAAACACAAGCUACGAGUUAUUUCAACUAAACUUGUAGUACGCCC